CUUAUCCCGGGCCUGCUCUCGCCGUCCCCCUGCUGCCAGGACCCCGCGGGGCCCGAGCGCUCGGCUCGUCCUCUCUGGCGCCCGCUGCCCGGGCCGGAUGCCAGGGCGGGCAGGGCUCCGCGCAGGCGGGCGGAGUGGAGCAGGAAGCGCCGCGCCGAGCCGGGGACUCUGGGAGCGAGCCGGGGCCGCCGGCUUCCGACCCGCCGACCGCCCCGGGCCGCGGGCUCCCGGGCCUGUGCAGCCGCGGGUAAAGGCCUAGCUCGCUCCGUCGUCCUCCGCCCCCGGCUGCGCCGCUGCGCCUCUCGGGGCCCGGGGCCCAGGGCAGAGCAGGGCGGGGCCGGGGAGGCCUGGGCCGGUGCCGCUGGAAGGUUCCGGUCAGUUGAGAGCAGGAACUGGUGGGCAGUCCGGCAGUUUCUCUCUCUUGCUCUGAAGCCAGUUGGGAGUAGGAGAGUGUUUGGGACCCAGUUUGGUGGGGGGCUCUGAACCUGUGGGAAUCCAGCCCGGAUACUUUUCCUGCUGGGCCCCCUCCUUUUCUCACUGCCGUGGACCCCUGGGGUGAUGGUUGAGGGGGGUACUGCCCUGCCCCCCACGAGCCGCAUCGUGACUCAGUGGUCCUGGGUCUGAUUCUAACUCCCUGAGCCAGUUUCUCUGAGCUUUCUCAGGUUUUCUAAGCCCUCUUGUUAACCCUCCCCCAGGCCCUGGGUUUUCUGCUCUGAGCCCCAGGCAACCCCCUCAUUGGUUGGCCCCACUAAGGUCUGGCCAGUGCCACUGAUUCUCCCUGUGCCCUGUCCUUGAGCCACAGUCCCAGUGGAGGAGACCAGGGGCCAAAUAGAAGCCCACCCCAUUUGUUAAGGGAGCUCAGAGGGACCAGGAAAGACUUUCCAGAAGACAGGACCUUUGAGCGGGGUCUUAAGGGAUUGAGUAGAAUUCUGACAGAGGAGAAGGGUCAUUCCAAGCCCUGAAAAGCAUAUGAACAAGGUUAGGAAUGCUGGAGCAAGAAUCCAGUGAGCCUGGGGAGCUGGAUAGAAGGUAAUGCUAAGAGCCCUGGGCUCUGACCUUCUCUUCCACCAUGCGGUGGGGCCACUGUUUGCCUAGGGCCUCUUGGGGCUCCAGUCUGGGAAAAGGACUCCAGCUACCAGGUGAAUGUUUCCCCUUCCUGACCCACUGGAGUUGGUUACUUAGAGGGGACCGUCCCCUUGGGCCCUCUAGGGCCUUUAUACGCCACCAUGGGAGCUCAGUGAGCAGUGCUCCCCCAUCGGUGAGACAAGGCCAGCUGUUCCGGAGCAUCUCUGCAGCUGAAGCUAUCCAGCGGCACCGCCGGAACCUGAUCGAGUGGUUCAGCCGGCUGCCCAGGGAGGAGCGCCAGUUUGGCCCGACCUUUGCACUAGACACGGUGCAUGUGGACCCCGUGAUCUGCGAAAGCACCCCUGAUGUGCUGCUUCGCCCACCUGCAGAGCUGGCCCUGGAGCACCAGCCGCCCCCGGCUGGGCUCCCACCACUGGCCCUGUCUCAGCUCUUUGACCCGGACGCCUGUGGGCGCCGGGUGCAGACAGUAGUGCUCUAUGGGACGGUGGGUACGGGCAAGAGCACACUGGUGCGCAAGAUGGUCCUGGACUGGUGUCAUGGGCGGUUGCCGGCCUUCGAGCUGCUCAUCCCCUUCUCCUGUGAGGACCUGUCGUCCCUGGGCCCCACCCCGGCCUCCUUGCACCAGCUUGUGGCCCAGCGCUACACGCCUCUGAAGGAGGUUCUGCCCCUGAUGGCUGCCGCCGGGCCCCGCCUGCUCUUUGUGUUCCACGGUUUGGAGCAUCUCAACCUCAGCUUCCGGCUGGCGGAUGCAGGGCUUUGCAGCAACCCCGAGGAGCUGCAGGCGCCAGCUGCUGUCAUCGUCAACCUGCUGCGCAAAUACAUGCUGCCUGAGGCUAGCAUCCUGGUGACCACCCGGCCUUCUGCUGUCGGCCGCAUCCCCAGCAAGUACGUGGGGCGCUAUGGCGAGAUCUGCGGCUUCUCCGAUACCAACCUGCAGAAGCUCUACUUCCAGCUCCGCCUCAACCAGCCAGACUGCGGGUAUGGCGCUGGGGGUGCGGGGAUCUCAGCCUCCCCGGCCCAGCGUGACAACCUGGUGCAGAUGCUUUCCCGGAACCUGGAGGGGCACCACCAGAUCACCGCCGCCUGCUUCCUGCCCUCCUAUUGUUGGCUCGUCUGUGCCACCUUACACUUUCUGCACGCACCCACGCCUCCUGGUCAGACCCUCACGAGCAUCUACACCAGCUUCCUGCGCCUCAACUUCAGUGGGGAGACACUGGACAGCACCGACCCCUCCAAGUUGACCCUGAUGGCCUAUGCAGCCCGAACCAUGGGCAAGUUGGCCUACGAGGGGGUGUCCUCGCGCAAGACCUACUUCUCAGAAGAGGACGUCCGAGGAUGCCUGGAGGCUGGCAUCAAGAUGGAAGAGGAGUUCCAGCUGCUGCACAUCUUCCGCCGGGAUGCCCUGAGGUUUUUUCUGGCCCCAUGCGUGGAGCCAGGGCACCAAGGCACCUUCGUGUUCACUGUGCCCGCCAUGCAGGAAUACCUGGCUGCCCUCUACAUUGUGCUGGGUUUGCGGAAGACGAUGUUGCAGCAGGUGGGCAAGGAAGUGGCCGAGCUUGUGGGCCGUGUAGGAGAGGAUGUCAGCCUGGUCCUGGGCAUCAUGGCCAAGCUGCUGCCCCUGCGGGCUCUGCCUCUGCUCUUCAACCUGCUCAAGGUAGUUCCACGAGUGUUUGGGCGAGUGGUAGGUAAGAGCCGGGAGGCAGUGGCUCAGGCCAUGGUGCUGGAGAUGUUCCGGGAGGAGGACUACUACAACGAUGACGUUCUGGACCAGAUGGGUGCCAGUAUCCUGGGCGUGGAGGGCCCACGGCGCCACCCAGACGAGCCCCCUGAAGAUGAAGUCUUUGAGCUCUUUCCAAUGUUCAUGGGAGGUCUUCUCUCUGCCCACAACCGGGCCAUGCUGGCUCAGCUCGGCUGCCCCAUCAAGAACCUGGAUGCCCUGGAGAAUGCCCAGGCCAUCAAGAAGAAGCUGGGCACUCUGGGCCGGCAGGUGCUGCCCCCCUCGGAGCUUCUCGACCACCUCUUUUUCCACUAUGAGUUCCAGAACCAGCGCUUCUCUGCUGAAGUGCUCAGCUCCCUGCGCCAACUCAACCUGGCAGGCGUCCGCAUGACGCCCCUCAAGUGCACCGUGGUGGCCGCCGUGCUGGGCAGUGGAAAGCAUGCCCUGGAUGAGGUCAACUUGGCCUCCUGCCAGCUGGACCCUGCCGGGCUGCACACCCUCAUGCCUGUCUUCCUGCGUGCCCGGAAGCUGGGUUUGCAACUCAACAGCCUGGGCCCUGAGGCCUGCAGGGUCCUCCGAGACCUGCUGCUACAUGACCAGUGCCAAAUUACCACCCUGCGGCUGUCCAACAACCCACUGACGGCGGAAGGUGUGGCCCUGCUGGUGGAGGGGCUGGCGGGAAACACCUCACUGACUCACCUGUCCCUGCUGCACACGGGCCUCGGGGACGAGGGCCUGGAGCUGCUGGCUGCCCAGCUGGCCCGCAACCGGCAGCUGCAGGAGCUGAACGUGGCCUACAACGGCGCAGGCAACCGGGCGGCUCUGGCUCUGGCCAAGGCUGCCCGGGAGCAUCCUUCCCUGGAGCUGCUGCACCUCUACUUCAAUGAGCUGAGUUCCAAGGGCCGCCAGGUUCUGCGGGACUUGGGCGGCACAGCCGAAGGCGGUGCCCGGGUCGUGGCAUCGCUGACAGAGGGGACAGCAGUGUCCGAGUACUGGUCAGUGAUCCUCAGUGAAGUCCAGCGGAACCUCAACAGCUGGGAUCGGGGCCGGGUCCGACGCCACCUGGAGCUCCUGCUGCGGGACCUGGAAGAUAGCCGGAGUGCCACCCUUAACCCGUGGCGCAAAGCCCAGGUGCUGCGGGUAGAGGGCGAGGUCAAGGCUCUCCUGGAGCAGUUGGGAGGCCCAGGAAGCUGAAAGCAGGCACCUAACUGUAUGACCACUGGCCCCCAAACAAACCCCUUUCCUUUGUGGCCUCCUGGCUCGCACUGCUCCUUCUAGAAAGACCCUUUCAGGGCUGGAGGCAAAGGAAUGGGCACAGCAGUGCCAGUUGCCCCCCUAGGGCGUGUCCAGCCAGUGCCCAGGUCGAGAAUUUCCAAAGUCAAAGGUAGGAAAUCAAUGCUCUGGGCUUGUAGAUGGAAUGUGCCUCCUCUCCCUUCUCAAAGAACCAAAGGAGGUGGCAUCUCAGCGGGCAGAUUGCCCUGUAGCAUCGCUACCAACCUUGACUCUUCCUCCUCUCAAAGAGCCUCUUGUAAUGUCCCAAGGUGGCAAUCUUAUGUCCGCCAGGCCAGGAGGGUUGCCGUCCAGAAGAUAAGUUGGAGGGUCUAAAUGGCCACCCAGCCACCUCUACUGCUGCCUUUAUGCCUGUCUGUGGACACUGAGGAUGCCAGUGGCCACUUAGCUCUCAUGUUGGUGCUUUCUCCUCACCCUCCUACCCCCUUUACCAUAAUGGUACCUACGGCUUUGUGGCCCCCAGGGGCAAGUACCCCGACUUGCUGCUAUUAAAGAGCUGUGUGUCUUCA